AUGGUAACUGCAAAAGGUAUUGAAGAGUUGACUGACAUUUUUGAAGUUUUGCGCCCUAUAGAAGCGGCUACUAAAGAAAUAUGUGGAGAAGAGUAUGUUACCAGCAGCAAAGUCAUUCCCAUAACAAGAAUGCUAAACUUGAAAAUCAACAACAUUAAAACAAACAGUUGUAUGGGUCAAGAUCUUAAACAGAAUAUAAUAACUGAAAUCAGUAAACGCUUGUUACCUUCGGAACAUGUUCAAAUACUUGCUGUAUCUACGUUGCUAGACCCAAGAUUUAAACGUAUUCAUUUUCAAGAUCCCAUAGCUUGUUCUAAAGCAAUCAAAUUUAUUAAAGAAUUACUAACUACUGCGACGGAAACAGAAGUAAUUCAAGAAGAAGCGUCGCGAGAGAUCACAGAAGAACUUAAUUUGUGGAGCGAACAUUACAAAAUUGUAACUCUCCAAAACUCCACACCUUCGCAAAGUGAUCAGGAAAUGCCUUCCGAGUUGAGUUAUUAUUUAAAAAGUCCAGUGUCUGAUCUCAAACAAGAUCCUAUCCAAGUUUGGAAUAAUGUGAUCGGUUCCACUUAUCCGAAAUUGAAAAUAAUAGCAUUGAAAUAUUUGAGUACUAUCGCUACAUCAACGCCAUCCGAAAGACUAUUUUCAAAAGCUGGCUCUACUCUUUACCAGCAAAGAAAUAGAUUGAAAGGUUCUUCUCUUUCAAAAUUACUUUUCCUUCAGUCAGUGGACAAAAAAUAUUGGAAUUUGCAAUAA